UGUUCGUCCUCCACAGGCAGCAGGCACACACCACCAGGACCAGGACCAGGACCAGGACCAGGACCAGGACCAGGACCAGGACCCACAGACCCACAGACCCGGACCCACGGACCCUCCACACCCCCCCAGCCCGGACAGCUGACAGGAGCGGACCCAGUGGGUGGUGUUGAUCCGGGUGCAGACAUGGAUGUGCGUGUCCGUGCACGAGCACACUGAGCGCAGCUCCGCGUGAACAAACCCGCGUGUGUCGGAGCCGCUGUGGGUGCGCGUGAACCUCCAGCUGACAGGAUGGAGCCGCUCCUGUACCUGCUGGCCUUAGCCCUGGCCCGGGUGGGCUGGGGUCUGGGCUACGGGGACUCCACCGGGGUCCAGACGGGACAGAGAGCCGCCAGCAGACACAGGAACUGGUGUGCCUAUGUGGUGACUCGCACCAUCAGCUGUGUGAUGGAGGACGGAGUGGAGACGUACAUCAAACCAGACUACCAACGCUGCACCUGGGGCCAGUGUCCACGAGUAGCUUAUCGGACAUACAGACGACCGAGGUACAAGGUAGCUUACAAGAUGGUGACAGAAAUGGAGUGGAAGUGUUGCCAUGGUUACUCAGGGGAGGACUGCCACGAUGGGCCGAGGGGAACCACCGAUACUCAGGUGAACGGGGGACGACCACGCGUCACGCAGACGGGCUACAACACAGGAGGAGGACAGAUGGGAGGAGAAGGUGACAACGAAAAGAUCCGACAGUUGGAGGACACGAUCCGUGGUCUGACCAAAGACCUCCAUAACAUGCAGACCACCAUUAACGGCAUAAACCAGAGGCUACCUGGUCUGACUGGAGCCAUCGUUCCUGCAGAUUCAGCUCAGCCACACAUGAAGGAAACUAUCAACAGUAUCCAGACCAAACUGGACCACCUGUAUAACAGGACAGAGGUCCAUGACCAGACUCUGUUGACCAUUAACAACCACCUGGUGAACGGAGGGGGUAAUGAGCUGGACGGAUCAGCCCGAGGAGGGGGCGUGAGUGGGCCCCAGCUGAACACUCUGAAGGAACAAAUCCUGACGGAGCUGGAACGACGCGUGUCUCUGUCCUGUUCGUCCUGCCAGGCUGGGGUGGAGGACCUGAGGCGCCAGCAGCAGGAGGACAGGGAUCGCAUCAGAGCCCUGGAGAAGCUGAUCAGCUCCAUGGACCAGCAUCUACGGCAGAGUCUGGAAAUAUCCCGCAGUGAGAGCGAGCGCUCCCGGUCGUGCUGCAACACCGUCUCCGAGAUCGAGAAGAGGCUGAACGACGUGGAGGUGCGGGUCGCCUCCACCGCCAACAAGUGCGACACCAUUAAAGGGCGCCUGGAUAAGGAACUAGGAGGUGCCGGCGGAGGGAAGGGAAGAGUGACGGAGGACAGGUUGAACGGGCGACUGAGAGACUUGGAGAAGAGGUUGAAUAAUACGGUGAGGAAGACGGAGCAAAGGUGUACCAACACAGGAAGUAACAUCAAAGACAGCGUGCAGAGAGACGUCACACAGCUGCGAAACAUGGUCCUGAGUCGUCUGGAUGACAACAGCUUCAAGAUCGGCAAAAUCGAGCUGGAUGUAUCUGAUCUCGGAGACACGGUGACAGACCACAGCCGGCGUUUGGGCCAACUGGAGAACAGUACGACCUUCCUGGACAGAAGGUUAACAACAAUUGCGAACAUGUGCAAUGAGACCUGUGGGCCGAACGGAAAAGGCCGACAGGCUGAAGACACCGUUAAAACUUUAGAAUGGAGAGUGGUAUCCAACCAAGAGGAGAUCAAGAAGUUUAACACCAAGUUAAAUGACCUGUCUGUGUCUGGAGACUCGCUGAUUGACCAAGUGAUCAACUUAGCGAACGACGUGAAAAAGAUCAAAACCGUGAUGGGAGAGAACGGCGAGCGCUUCAACCGGAUCGUCUCGGAGGUCGAAACGCUGGGCCGAGACUUUGAGGAUUGCUCCGUUUGCAGCCGAGUGGAGAAAGACUUGCGGCUGCUUACGAACACCACCAUGACCGGUCUCAGCAAAUGCCAGGCAGAAGUGACGGACCUGCGCCGCAAAGUCAACUCGGGAGAAUCCAUCUGCUCCCAAGUGUGUUCCAACCUUCAGGAGGAAGUGGGACGACUCAGAGAGGAAGUAGAGGAGUGUACCGGACAGUGUAAAGUCAACAUCGAGGAUCUGAAGACACGUCUGGAUGGUCAUCAUGUUCACAGUGGAAGAUUAGGAGGAGAUCUGAAGUCCAUCCAAGGAGAGCUAGCUAGGUUCACGAUCAACUUCAACUCUAUUAAUGACACUCUGAAGGGCCUGGGAAGGACUGUACAGACGCAUGGGAACUCAAUAACGGAUCUGACCAACACCAACGAAAACAUCUUCUCUGAGGUGGACAAGCUGCAGAAGGAGCUGACGGAGCACGUAGAUGACUCCAAGAUUCGUUUCGGGAGCCUGGGUGAAGAAAUCCAAAUACUGAACAGGAACUAUGUGACGGAAGUGGGGGAGUGUCGACGGUCCAGCAGCGGCCUGGACCAAAGACUGUCCAAGCUGGAGGGAGUGUGUGGACGCUUGGACACGGUGUCCGACAGCCUGGAGCGCAUCAAGGAGGGCCUGAACCGACAUGUGUCCGGGCUGUGGACCUGCGUUAAUGGACUCAACGUCACCCUGAGGUCCCAAGGAGACGUUCUUGACGACAUCCAGCACGUCCAGCUGGAGAACGUCCACUCCAGAAUACACAGGCUCAACUCUUCACUGUUGGACUUGGCCAAUGAGUUCUACAGCUUCACCGAACAGGACUUCACUGGUCCACCUGGUCUACCGGGCCCUCGUGGAGAGAGAGGUGAGCGUGGGGCCCAGGGUCCCGUUGGACCCCAGGGGAGGGUCGGGCCUCAGGGCAGGAGGGGCGAGCAGGGAGCGGUCGGACCCCCAGGCCUCAGAGGUGAACAGGGUCCUGCAGGCUCAGACGCACACGUGCCACGCCUUUCUUUCUCCGCCGCACUGACCCGACCAAUGAGAGGAGCAGGAACAAUCAUGUUUAAUGAGGUCUUUGUGAAUGAAAAUAACGUCUACAACCCCAGAACAGGAUACUUCACAGCUCCGCUCAGUGGGAAGUACUUCUUCAGCGCCAUCCUCACGGGACACAAGAACAUGAAGAUCGAGGCGGUGCUGUCCAAGUCCAACACCGGCGUGGCCCGCGUGGACUCGGCCGGGUACCAACCCGAGGGUCUGGAGAAGCCCAUGGCGGAGGCCAAGCACAUCCCCGGAGCCCUGGCCGUGUUCAACAUCAUCCUGCCCAUGGAGGCCGGGGACACGGCCUGCAUCGACCUGGUCACCGGUAAACUGGCCUACUCCUCUGAACCUCUGACCAUGUUCAGCGGGAUGCUGCUGUACGAAACCCACUGAGGGGUCUGCACAGGAAACCCGCGGCUCAGGAGGAUCUGAGGGCUCUGCUGGACUCAAGGACACCGAGCCGCCGCCGCCGCCGCCUGGACGCUCAAAAAGACGGAAACAAGGGACCAAGCAGGGACUGGAGUCAUUCAGCCAGGAGGAGGAGCUUUUCCAUUUGACUCAGAACCACAAGAAGAUGUUCUGGUGUCCCAGCUUUAAAGAAACUGUUAGUUCAGAAAGCUGUUUUUAUUUUUUAAUGUGUUUUCUGCAGAAAAAAAAAGCCACUGCGCGGUUCCAGUGUAACGUCGUAUAGCCAUGCUACGCCUUCAAACUCUGAGUCUGGGUUUGUGAUAAUGAAGGAAACCUGUUAAAAUGAGAACUAGACUAGAAGCACUCGGAGAGCACAGACCUCUGCCAGGGCAGAUCAGCCCCCCCCAUCACCACCAAAACUCCACUGUUUUUCCUGCUCUGGAUGAUGGGAUCCAGAAUUUUGUGAGGAUUCAGAUCAAUCUUCAAUAUCUUGUAGAACACAUUUUUAUUUGAUCCCAACAGGAUCUAAUGUUCUAUCACAAACUGUUCCUGUGUUCAAACUGAAAUUCAGUUUUACAGACAUGACAGUUUCAGAUCAGUUCAAAUGUUCACAUUCUAUUAGUUCACAACUAACAUCAGAACUUUACUUUUGUGUAACUCCCAUCUGCCUCUCAGACAGUAAGAAGUGCUUUAGGAGGAUUCAAUAACCAUUAUUUAAUUAAACAGUGUUAAAUAAUAAUAAAUAAAAUAUAAACAACUAGAAGCAUUCAGAGAGCACAGACCUCCACCAAGGCAGAUCAGCCCCCCCCCCCAGUGUUUGUCUGUCUG